CGGGUCGACAGGAAGUAGUCUUCGUAAUGACCUUUCCUUUACCAGUGGAAUGUUUGUCUGCUGAAGGUGUUGUACGGAUGUGUAUAAGUUUAACACACGAGAGAAUAACGUACGGAAUAACACUUCGUACGUGAAAAUUGUAAAUGCUCAGAUAGCGUCCUUUACUUUUCGAGAUUCGCCCCAAUCAUUAACAGCAUCAGGCAUCCAUCACGUUACCUAUUAUCCGGAGUCAGGACAAACGUACUUCUUCGGUUCUCAGACUGACGGCAAACAAAACAUUCACCCAUAAAUAGCGUCAGAUAAAGAUGAAUACUUGAAAUAUUCGCGUUGCAUGUUGUGUACAUGGCGGAACAAACAGGCUUCGUGCUAUUUCUAACGCCGCUUUACUCAUUUUGCGACAGAGUUCUCUCCCUUUAAGCAUUAUCGUCAAGCCUGUAGCAUGUAAUCCAGGAGUGUACUGUCGUUGUUUAUUUGCUUGGGCAUCGACAGCUUACGGAUCCUUCUUACCGAUCAAAUUAAUAAACAGUAACGUUUCGCUAGUGUGUAAAGUGCAUUGACUUUAAUAGAACCUGUCAGUCCCCAAUUAACGACCUGAAGCAAGAGUUACGUCCCCUGUUUUACACGUGCCUGUCUGCUUGCGCAGCUUAUUUCAUUAUAUUUAACUUGUUGGCCACGUGAAAUACAUAAUUUUGUUUUUAUACAAACCUUUAAAAAUAAACCCUUGGAUUGAAUGAGGCAUUAUUUAUAUACGGGAUACGUUUAAAUCAGGUAGUUGACUGAAAUAUAAAACAUUAUGCGCACAUGACUAUGAAGUGAACGUUGCCAGCGACUCACGUCGACACGUUAUAAGUAGGUUCGCAAACUUUGGUUCCCCAUCGGGCAAAAUGUCAAGUCGAUGCUCGAAACAUUUCCUCAUAUCAGAUUCUAGACAUGACAAUAAACAUAAUCUCAGGGAGAUACUAUUUCUAGCACGCAUGAACAAUAUAGAUAUCGGGGUGUUUUGAAAAAUGUAAUGAUGGUGCUACGUGCAAAUAAAAAAAAAGUUUCGAAUAAAAAUGGAAUAUUUUAAAGAGAUUAGAACUUGUGACAUAGAGCAGAGCAGUACCAUGUUGAUGACGUCAUCGCCCAAAUCGAUGACGUCAUCAACAAUGCGUGACCUAUGACCUCUCGCUCUAUCACCAUUGACAGGAUCGGGGUGUCGUUUGGAUUUCUCUGAGCUCAGAAGCCUCCCGCUGUUGUCACAGACUUUGGGAUAUACAUAUUAGCUGCUUUCGCCAAACACAAACGCAAGCGUUUUCUCAAGGUAGCAUCGUAGCUGUCUCUCACAAACAUUCACCAAGAGCCAUCCAGCCAUGCAGGGCCCUAUUUUAGUAAUACCCCCUGUAACACGUGGUGGUACGAACCGGAAGUUGACCGGACCUAGCGCUCGCAGAGGUAUAUGGGUAAAGAAGCCGGAAGAAGUGUACCCCGGCAUGGCCGUCUUGAGGGAACGUCAAGCCAAGACCGUCAGCAUGACGUAUACAACCGUCGUCAACGUGCCCAUCUUGAGAUAUGCAACAGCCACACCGGCGGAAAUACUAGAAAAACGCGAGCGAAUCAAAGAAGAGAAAAGAGACUCGGCUGACAAUAUGGAGAAGAGGAUCUCACGGUUCUGUCACGCCUACCGUAUGUCCAUCCCAGAAACCAACUCACAUUCUACAAUCAAGAAAGAUGCACCUUGGUUGACGUCGCGAGCUGAUGGUACCGAGCACAGCCACGUCAUCAACGCUACCAUCCCCAAAGUGGAGAACGGCAUCAACCAGAACGACAAUGACACCAUCCCCCUAGACCUCAAGCAGUGCCACAUCUUCUACAGCGACACGGGCAUUGCGUCAUGGCGUUUGGCCAUGAGCAAAGAUGGCGAGAUCGCCAGGGUGAACCCCGUCAAGAGGAACUCGUCGUUCCGCGAGUACACGUGGCGGUUGUCGUAUCUCGUUUGCCAGGGGAAGCGGCAGAUGAGGCUGAUGGCGAGAAGUAAACAAGAACGAUGUGGUCCUUUGCCUCUGUUCAGUCAACACUCGCUGGUCCGGCAGCUGGAGUUCGAUAUGCCGGAAGGAAACGAAUGUUACAAACAGGAAGGGAUCCCCAUCUCUCGGGCCGUCAGAAUACUGUUCCAGACAGCCGAUAUGAAAGCGUUUGAGAAAAGGAUGUUCAACAAGAAGAAGGGCGUGGUCCCAAAGAAGAAGGACAAACUGGAAGUGGAGGCACAUCCCGUGGGGUUGAAGCUGUCAACGGGUUGUCUGUGUCUUCCAAUGCAACACGAUCAAGAGGAAGACGACGACUACUCCCUUGAGUGGAGCGACGACAGCGCCAACAACGGCAGGAUCAAGAGUGCAGAACCAACUCAGAGCCAACUUCUCGAGGAUCUAAACCGUGAAGCCGAGAUGCAAAUGCAGACCCCCGAUCCUGUGAACCUACCCACCCCCACCCCUACUCCCUCCCCAGAGGGCAAAGCAAAGAAAUGCUGUAAGGGAUGCUGUGCGUUUUUGUGAUGUAUUACUACAUAUGCACGUUGACCUCGUUAGCAGAAAUGUAUUGUCCACUUUUGACGUUUUUAGAAGUUUAAGAUUGUUUAGCGUUAAGUUCAAGGUUGUAUAGUUUAUUUGAAUAGUGUUAAUUGAUUUAUGCAUAAGGCUUGCUUGUUUCUAUUUAUUUUGUUUGUAAAUUAAUUAAUGUUUGCAUUUAUAGUUUACAAUAUUGGUUAACGCACAGGGAACGUAUCAUAAGCAAACGCCAGUGCGUGGUUCGACCGCCGCCACGCCUCCAUCCAUCAUUAAAGACGACAGCCAGAGCGCCACGUUCCACAAAGCGAUCGUAGCGCUAGGAUGAAUAUAACUCCAAUACUUUGCCAUGGACUUACGACAGUCAUAUAGCGCUACCACCGCUUUGAUGAACGGGGCCCAGUCCGAAGGCGAUGUAACCUGUACCGCUAGUAUGUCUAGACGUCAUGUUGUUGUUGUCAGUGUUCUGAACGGGGCCUACGACCAUUCAUUGCUUUUCGACAUCAGCCAGUGUGUUUAUGAAUUGUCUUUAGUGAGUCUCAAACUUGGUCGCUUUUUGUGCAUGCGGUAUUUUACGUCUUCACUGCAGUGGCCACAUAUGUUAUCAUGAUUUUCUUUAUUAUUGUUAUAGUAAUCACAAUUAAUAUUAUAUAACUUAUCUGAUGUGUAUGGCCCGUUUCAUGGGACUAACAACACCCGGUCGAGAUGGUGUUGACUUUUCCCGCCUGUCCAUCCGCCAUGAGAGUUAUCUCCCUUGGCGAUGGUAUUGAAUAUGUUAUCAACCAAAGGUGUCUCCGAGCUUGUAGUUAAUGGCGUAUGUCAUCUGAUAUACGAGCUGUUAUAAUUGUUUUAUUUGCAAAUGUUUUAAGUUGUGUUUUAUCACAGAUUAUGCCUUAUAUUGAGUUUAGUUUGUUCGAAUGUACACUUUCCGUCUUAUAGCUGUUUUUUGUUCUAGUUCUUUUUGACACCUAUACAAUAAAU